AUGAGUGACCUAGACUAAUCAAUUGAAGCAAGAACAGAUAAAUUUGAAUGUAUUUAAUAUAACAAUUAUUUUAUAGCUGAUUUAAAUAGAGUAAGUUUAUAAUAAGAUGCAUUACUCCCUCUAUUACAAAUGAUUGAAUACAUUCCAUCAAUACAAAGAACAGAAGCAAAUGUUAAAUAAGUAUAAAAAAAACAAGAUAUCAAUGAAUAAAAAUAAGGAAGACUUGUAUUCAAUAUUCAUAAUAUUAUAUAGGAAAGAUGCGCUGAAAGAAAAUUAAGAGAAAUAGAAUCUAUGCCUUAAAAACCUUAAUUAGAGGUGUAAUAGGUAGAUUAAAGAAUUAAGGAUCUAGAAUNUAUUAAAAGAAGUCAAUUAAAUUAGACUUGA